AAUAAUUCAUUUACAAGUUUUUUUUUAAAUUUUUUUUAUUAUAGGGCAAAAUUUUAAUUAAUUUAAAAUUUGUAGUAGAAAAAUCCAAAACGCAAGGAAUAAAAAAAUAUGUCGACAACUGGUACAGUGAUAAAUUGUGUAUUUAACACAAUAUCCGAAUUAGGUGAUCCGCAUAGUGGAUCACCGUUUGUUAAUAUUGUUGAUAAUGUCAAGGCAAAUAUUUUGAAUAGAAAUAUUAUACCACAGCCAAGAAAUAUUGAAUCACAUACACGGCGUGCCAUAAAAUAUGGACUGAAAGCUGGAAUUAUUGCUGAACCACAGAAAGGUUGUUUUAAAAUACUUGAAGCGCCAAGAAAUCCAGUACCAACAGCUGAUAAGGAUGUAAAUGUCGAUGAUGUGAGUGUUGAAUAUAACGAGAAUGAUAAACGGCUGGGUCAACAUCGAUUCUAUGAUGAUGAAGAUGUUGAUGAAGACUCAGAUGAAGAAUGUUGCCAAAGUGAAAGUGAUUCGAAUGACCAAAGUUGCGACGAAGCGGAAAUCGAAUACCCUGACGCUUGCUGCGAAGAACCACCUUGUUGUGAAGAAGAACCUUGUUGUGAAGAAGAAUCUGAAUGUUGUUCAGAAGAUUCAGAUGAAUGUGAAGCUAACGAUGAGGACGGAGAAGGUGAUGCAGAUAGCGAAUUUUAUGGUAAUCAUGCUGAAAAUGUACGCGACAAUGAUGAUGCCAACAAUGAUACAUUGCCCGAUAAUAAAGAAAAUAAUGAUCUAAAACAUGCUCAUAAGUGUUGUGGAGAAAGAACUAAUGGAAGAGAUGAUAGUAUAGCCAAUGAAAAAAAUAGAUUUAACAAGAACGAUAAACUUAGCCGAGAAGAUAGAUGUAGGAAAAGAGGCAUAAAACAGCCCAGAUGCAAAAAACCACCUGAAAUGAAUUGUGAACCCACACAACCAUGCUGCCCAAAACAACCGAAUAAUCCAUGUCCUCCACGUAACCCAAAAAGUCCAUGUGAACCAAAGCAACCAUGUGGUCCAUGCUCACCUUACCCACCAAAAAAUCCUAAAAAUCCAAGAGAACCAGAAUGUCCAAACGAACCUGAUCCACCAACCCGUUGUGUCUGUUGCCCACGUCCAAAUAAAUGUCAAUCAAAAUGCUGUCGUGAUGAACCUGAACAUUUUGGGUCACAUAAAGAUGAGCAUUUUGAUGAAAACGAAUCGGAUGAUUUUGAUAAUAGUAUUAAGUCGUAUGAAGUUGAUGAUUUUAAAGGUGACUUCAAAGAAAAUAAUCAAAAUCAAAAUGAACUAGAACAAAUUGGAAAUAUUUCAUACGGUCCUUCGUGUGGUCCAUCUUGUGGUGGUGGUGGUUGUAACGAUGAAAUACUUGGUAAAAAACGACGACAAUCAGACGCCAAUGACAAUGACCAUGAUUCGAAAUCCACAAAACGACAUCGAACUUCAAUACCAAAUGAUAAAUUUAAUAUAUCGUCAAUAACAAUUACGCAUGAUCCUAUAAAAGAAAUCAAUCUAGUGGAUACGACGGAUGAGUACGUAAAUGGCGAGGAAUAUGAUUCUCAAAUUAAAACAACUAACAUAGAUUCCAGUUUAAAUGCUCCAAUGGAUUAUAAUCCUGACGGAAUGGAACUUCCCGUGAAGAAUUCCGAAUUUCCAUAUAGUAAUGCAUAAAAUGUCCAAAAAAAAAAAUUUUUUUUAAGUUCAAACUUGUAUUUUUUCACCAUU